AUGGCGACCUUUCGAAAGACAUUCCUAGCUGCCAUCAUCAAGAGCCUCCUGCGGGGCAAGUCACUGGUCCAGGCCAUCUUGGCUUACUGGAUCCGUCCCGUGAAGCUCGGCACAGAUGGCAAGCCUCGUGUUGGUACCACGUCGCGACGUACUAUACAAAAGUUUCUCAAGGAGGCUGAGGCUCUGUUGCUUGGACCCGUCGACCGAGAUGGCCUACAACAACUAUCGCGAGACCUACGGGAGCAACUCCUAGACCGACUCCAGACCGACAUGCAGUGCAUGCUACCCUCAUACAGCCACCAACUUCCCAGAGGCACUGAAUGCGGUCGUUUUCUAGCUUUGGAUGUUGGCGGUUCAACCCUCAGAGUAGCACUGGUCGAAUUGCGAGGGCGCACAGCCGACGUGGGAGAGGAGAGCAAGAUCGUCAGCAUCCAGAAUUAUUACAUAGGCCCUGAAAUCAAAGCACUGGAAGGCAUGGCUUUCUUCGAUUGGAUGGCCGAGAGGAUAUUAGAGACUCUGUCUGCAGAGUUGGAGGAGCAUCGUAGUCCUGACCAUCCUCUACCAAUGUCGAUGGCGUGGAGCUUUCCCAUUGAGCAAACUUCACUGGCUGGUGGAAAGCUGCAAGGUAUGGGUAAAGGCUUCUCGGCGAACAAGGGGCUUGUCGGCCAGGACCUCGGACAAAUCGUACGGACGGCGUGUCUAAACCGUGGGCUCAGUGUAGAGCUUCGAGCCAUCGUCAACGAUUCGAGUGCCUGCUUGCUAUCGGAGUCGUACAACCACAUCUCGACAAGAUUCGGUCUCAUCCUCGGAACCGGUGUCAACAUGGCAGCCUACCUCCCCGUCUCCGCCAUUGGACGUUCCAAGUUUGGUCAACGUCCUCCUGAGUGGUUCGAGAAGGCCACGCAUGUCAUCAUCAACAGCGAGAUUAGCAUGAUGGGGCGUGAUAUCCUGCCCUUGACGAGAUGGGACAGGCAGCUGCUUGAGAACCAUUCUCGGCCCGAGUUUCAACCCCUGGAGCACAUGGUCAGCGGCAUAGGGAUACUGACAUUUUACAGGGACACAACUGAUGAGCUUGAUGCAGCCUGUCAACAAUUCUCUCUCCGUCACCCAUCACCACACACUCCCACAACCUCGGACAUGUCAUUCCUCAAGCAACUGGCUUCGUUCAUCUCAACCCGCUCAAGCGCACUUGUGGCUACAGGCGUCUACACGUUCUGGAACCUACGCAUCGAAAGCCAGAACAACUUCAUCUCGACGCUACCUCUGGAUUCGCCCCUUCGCGAGAGCGCCGAGGCAGAUCGCGACCUCAACGAAACAACUGUCGCCUACAACGGCGGCGUGAUUGAAAGCUACCCAGGUUAUCUCGCCAGCUGCCAAUCAUACUUGAACGACCUGGUAGCGGCUGAAGAGAAGGAGAAGAGCGGAAAGAAGACAAUCAAGCUCGUCUCGGCCAAGGAGAGCUCACUCAUGGGCGCCGCAGUGGCCUUGGCUUCUCUAGAAAGGGACGAAGGGGGGCCUCUGGGAGUGGUAGGAUAA